GGCAGAUCUAAGGUUAUCAAAGCUAGAAUAUGAAGGUCUUAGCGUUGCUGGCUCUGUUUGCCGUCGUCGGAGCGAGGAGGUUGGACUAUGAGCCGAUCUCCAUCGACUACCACGAGACCAUCGGCAUUCCAGAAGCUAGUAGGAUCCAGCAGGCGGAGGCGGCAGCAGAUUUCGAUGGAUCUAGGAUUGUUGGCGGUUCAGCUGCCGGAUUGGGAUCCAAUCCAUGGAUUGCUGGCCUGAUAGUGACCCUGACUGACAACAGGCGGUCUAUGUGCGGUUCCUCCCUCAUCAGUAACACUCGUCUCGUGACCGCCGCUCACUGCUGGAAGACCAGAUCCAUCCAAGGAAGAAGCAUAACCGUCGUCCUCGCCUCCACAAAACUCUUCAGCGGCGGCACCAGGAGAGAGACCAACAGAAUCCAAGUACACGGCAGUUAUAACCAAAACAACCUCAACAACGACGUGGCCAUCAUCACGAUAUCCAGCGUAUCCUUCAACAAUAAUAUUAGAGCCGUUGCGUUGCCCAGCGGUCUACUUCUGAACUUCAACUACGCUGGCGAGCGUGCGGUCGCUGCUGGCUACGGACGGAUCUCCGAUUCGAGCGGCGGUGACAACAGUCUUCGUCAGGUUGCCUUGACCGUCAUUGAAAACUUCGAAUGCGCCAACAUCUUCGGCACCUCGUCAGUCAUCCACUCAACCCUAUGCACCAGCGGAGUGGGUAGAGUCGGCCCCUGCUCCGGAGACUCUGGCGGCCCCUUGGUGUUCACCUUCAGCGGAGUCAGAUACUUGAUCGGUGUGACAUCAUUCGUAUCGGCUCGCGGAUGUCAGUCCGGCCUGCCUGCCGGUUAUGCUCGCGUCACUUCCUUCGCUAGCUGGAUAAGAUCUAGGAUGUAAACGUAAUGGCUGAAACAAUCUCAUCUCUACACCCAUGACGGUUAUAACUUGUGAUUAUGUUAUUUAAAUAAAUCUAUUGUUCUAAA